UCCGAAGCGAGUAUAAUACGGUAAAAUGUCGAAGUUGGUACGGCAAAGUGCAAGCUAGUGUCGCGUCGUCGUUCCUCCCAAUUCGAUUUGGGCGAAAGAAAGUCCAAAGGAAAAAAGAUAAAUAUUGGAGUUUGAAGGAGAGCUAGCAGAAGUCGAAAUGGUCCACCACUGGAUUCUUAUUUCUGCAAUAUAUACCAGUCUAUUAAUAGUCGAGGGAAUAGCUGAAGAAAAAAGUGAAGUAAAACAUAGAUCUAAAAGAUAUUUACUAUUUCCAUAUCAAGGAACAUUUAAGACAGUAUACAGUUUUGCUAUUCCUUGGAAACUUGGUCCAAAACAAGAAAUGGGUGUGGGAUGGAAUUUCCAGUUUCAAUAUCCCUUACCGUACAACACAACUAGCAUCUCAAAUUUUCCUGAAAUAUCUCGAAAAACUAGAAAUAUAGCUAACUACAAUAUUCAGGAUACGAAUGACAGAGCUCUACUCUAUCAAGGAAUUGAAAAACUACUUGACAGCAAUGGGUUCAAUGGUAAAGAAUGUGUUUUACAAACUAUUUGUGAAUAUGCUGGUGGUACUAUGCCGAAUGGAGAAAAUGGACUUUUAGAUCAAGUAUUGUACCUACUUUUAACACCCAACUAUAACGACGGACCAGAUCCCACACUGGACCCUAUAUAUUCGGAUGCGCAAAAAGCUGGUGAAUUUGGCGUCGACUGCAAAUCGAGCUUUUAUGAUUGUAAACUGGAAACUGAUAUUUAUGAAUUAUUUGCUGGAUUGCAAUCUAAAAUAAUGUACUAAUAAUAAAUAAAAACUAACACCUAUUUUUA